GGGCGGCGGGCGGGUGGUAGUGGAGGAUGCGACGGUGGUGGCGGUGGGCGGCGUGCGCGGGCGGAUGGGUGGCCCUCACCUACACCUUCUUCCUGGGCUUCGUCACCAUCGUGUCCCUCACUGAUCCCGCCCUCAUGCGCACUUACCAGCCCACCCCGGACAACAUGGCAGCGGCAGGAGGCACGUGGGCGUGGACGUCCCGGCGCGGGGGUCGAGGAGCUCGACUCCCUUGGUGUCAAGCCCUGCGGUGGCGGGACCCUCCUGGACCUGCUACUGCUCUUGUAUCCUUCCCUGGCUCCGGCAACACCUGGAUCAGAUACCUACUCCAGCAGGUGACUGGUUAUUAUUCGGGAAGUGUUUACAAGGACUAUGCCCUCAUGAAAAAUGGGUUUCCAGCCGAGUCUGUCUCUAAUGGGUCGGUUGUGGUGGUCAAGACACAUGAGUGGGGACCAGAGAUACGGAAAACAUUUUCCCGAGCUGUGUUAGUGAUGAGAGAUCCAUACUUGGCUAUCCAGGCAGAAUUUAAUCGGCAAAGUGGUGGUCACAUUGGUCAUGCUCAACCUGACAAGUACACAAGAGAUGGAGGUCACU